AUGUACUUCAGUGAUUUGAUAAAAGUGGAAACUGUGGUUCUACAGCAACUAGAACUGCCAAAAGACGCUGAAAAUUCGAUUUGUGAGCUUUCGUUGGAAGAUAUUUUUUCAUUCACUUUUAAGUUUGCGAUAAACUGGCCAAUGUCAGCUUUGUCAUCAGCAUUUGUCGCCUGGAAAGGUCUAUAAAGCUCGUGGAACAACUUACGCGGUCUGUUGGAGUGCCCACGAUUCAAGUGGAUUUCAAUUACUGGCCCUUACCUCUCAAUUUGACUGGUUUUGGAAACAAACUCACAAAUUCAAGCAAUGACGUUCGGAAAAUUGCAGAGCCCGUUAUUCCGGAAGGAGACUCAUCCAAUUAUGUGAAAAUGAUUUUAUCGACACUUGUCUUUCAAAAUGUCAUUUCUGAAAUAUUCACAAAUUUGGAUGUCCUCCCAAAUGCAACUGUGUUAUAUGACAACUUAUACGGUGAGUUUUAUUGAUUGUUCAAAAAUAUUUUUUUAUAUAGAACCUGGAUUGACAACUUGGAAAGACGCCUUCUCUGUCAUUCCUGGAAUUCGAUUUGUUGCAUUGGAAACGACUACUCAGAAAAUGCGAGCUCAAAUUCAAAAAAUGAAAAACACCGUGAAAAACAUCAUCAUUGUAGCUAAAACGGAAAACGUUGAGAGAUUUACUGUGGAAGUAAGACUCACACUUCUCAUCCCUUGCAAGUUCAAUUAUUCUUGUUUUUUUCAUUGCAGGCGGCACAGCUUAUCGAAGAACGAGCUUUCAGUGUAGUGGUACUGACCAAAGUGAGAUCACUCUUCUACAAUUUCAGUCCUUAUUGUUUUCCAGGACAUCACGGCUUUCAAAUGCGACAGUUGCCUUUCUGCCUUCAUGUACUGGAUAAGACCUUACGCGCCAGGAUCUUUGCUGGAAGUUCGAGAUCUGGACGACUUUUUGUUUCGCAAUGAGAUAGGACUCGAGCUGGACUACACUAUCAGCGGUUGGGACGAGGUUUAACUCCGAGCUCAAUAUGAAACUAAAAUUCAAAUAAAUCAAACUUUUCUUUUUUUUGUGAUUAUUCUUGUUCCAUUGGAAUUAAACUUCCCACGCUUUCAAAGCUAUCGAAGAUUAGAAAACACUUCAGCUUUGCAGGUGAAUGUGGCGUUUUACAUGAGCGUCAUGGGUUUUGCGUUCAACACGAUAUCCCAGUUCAAUACUACACUUGAAGUCAUGCCUUCCUAUUCUUGCUAUGAUAACUUUUCCGAGCCCGAAACAAACGUCACGCUUCGAGACGUCAUUUUAAACGAUCCAGUCCAUCAAUACGGAAAUUACUGGGAAUACGGUUCAAACUUCUUUUAUCAAGUAAUCAGAUUUUUUCUAAUGCAGGAACUAUAGGGCUUUUACAGAAUGUUCAAGCAAGAGUUUACAAAAUCGACAGGCUAAAGGAGCUUGAAGAUGCGCAAAUCAAUAAACAGGUAUGAAAAACGUUUGAUUUUAUGACUUUAUGAAGUAAUAAAUCAAUGAUUUCUAGUCAAAUUUGAUUUGGCCUCAGUUCAAGACCAAUAAACUUUCAAACCAUAAUAACAGAAAAAAAAAUUCAGCCAGAAAAAAUUUAACCUUGGCUCUGGGAGCUAAUUUACUUUCCAUUCUCAUAGACUAUUCCCCUCUUUUCAUAGGCCCUAUAAAAGAAAAUAUUUUUUGCCAGUUUUUCAAAUUAUUUAUAUCCCUUCACAUGAUUCCUACUUUUUCCGUCAUAAAAUUUUACAAAUCGCUCAAGUUCAGUUUUUUUUGUGAUUUUUUAAACCUGAAAUUGGAUUUCUUUCAGGUUGGUGUCUGGCAGCCAAGAGAAAAGUUGUCGGUUUUCUACGGCACUCUCGACGUCGAUGUCCGAAGUCUUGAUAUUUAUCGCGUUGUUACUCUCAUCGUUCGUUUCAAAACUCAAAAUUUUCACUAAUCAAGUUUCCUGUUUCAGCAGCCGCCUUUUGUUCAAAGAACUCAAGAUCCAGACGUUCCUUAUGAAGGAUAUUGCAUUGACUUGAUUAAUUUGAUAAAAGACGAAGUGAACUUCACCUACACUUUGUAUGAAGUUGAAGAUGGAAGUUUUGGAACAAUGGACGAAAAUGGCAAUUGGAACGGCCUCAUAGGAGCAUUGGGUGAGUGGAAAAAGUUCCAGAUUUUUUUUUCGAACUAGUUUUUCAGUUUCUGGCUCCGCCGACAUCGCUUUGGCUCCUUUGAGUGUGAUGGCAGAAAGAGAGAACGACGUUGAUUUUACAGUACCGUACUACGAUCUCGUCGGAACCACCAUUUUGAUGAAAAAAGCGGACGUUGAAUAUUCUUUAUUCAAGUUUAUGAAAGUUCAUAUAUUCAUCAAUAUCCGAAGAAACUAAAUGUUCAGGUGUUGGAAUGGCCAGUUUGGCUAUGCAUUGUUGCUGCCUACCUCUUCACGAGCGUUCUUCUUUGGACUUUCGAUAAGUUUAGCCCGUAUUCAUACUCCAACAAUAGAGAAAGGUUUUUUUUUGAAAAGAAAAACUAAUAAUAGAAUUGGUCAGAUACAAAGAUGAUUUGGAAAAGCGAAACUUCAGUUUGAAAGAAUGUCUUUGGUUUUGUAUGACGUCACUGACUCCUCAAGGUUAAAAUUAAUUCAAAACAAUGUGGAUUACUUCAAAUUAGGGGGCGGUGAAGCGCCAAAAAAUAUUUCUGGACGGCUGGUGGCUGCAACAUGGUGGCUUUUCGGGUUCAUUAUUAUUGCUUCGUAUACUGCCAACUUGGCUGCCUUUUUGACUGUUUCGCGUUUGGAACAGCCUAUCAGGUAAAUCUCAAUAAAAACAGAUAUAUUCUUUGCAAAGUUUAGUUCUUUGGACGAUCUCGCCAAGCAGUACAAGAUCGAAUACGCUCCAAUCAAAGGCAGCGCUUCGGAGACUUACUUCCGAAGAAUGGCUGAAAUUGAAGAAACUUUCUACAAGUUAUUUUGAUAUGUCAAUCAAAUUUUAAUCAAUGUGAUUUGAGAAUUUGGAAAGAAAUGUCGCUAAAUGAGAGCAUGUCACCGAGAGACCGUGCAAGGCUUGCUGUUUGGGAUUAUCCAGUUUCAGACAAAUUCACCAACAUGUGGAGGUAAUUUUCUUUUGAGUCAUAAAAAACUCUCCUUCAAUAGUCCCAUUAUUCAAAUCAAAUUUGGUACCAGGUACAUGCAAGAAUCGAAACUUCCACCUAACAUGGAUGCUGCAAUUGAGAGAGUUCUUACUUCUGUGGAUGGCUACGCUUUCAUCGGUUAAUUUUCUCUAGAAGCACAAAUUAAGUUGUGAAUUUUCCAGGGGACGCAACUGAGAUCAAAUACGCAGCAUUGACAAAUUGUAAGCUGCAACAAGUUGGAACGGAAUUUUCCAGGAAACCAUAUGCCAUCGCAGUUCAAAGUGGACAUAUUUUGAAAGACGAGAUCUCCAGCGCGUAUGGAAACAUGAAAAAGUGUUCUACAGAGUGAUUUAAGGAUAUUGAUGCUUUUAAAUCAAAGACGGCUAGAGACGUUAAAAGAGAAAUGGUGGACUGACAAUCCGAAUAAGGUGCGAAAGCUGUCCUUUAUUCUGAAGUCUUCAUAUUCAGGUUACUUGUCCGGACUCGUCCGAUGAAAGCGAUGGAAUUUCCAUACAGAACAUUGGAGGAGUUUUCAUCGUCAUUCUGGCCGGCAUAGCGCUUUCUAUAAUAACCUUAGCGUUUGAAUAUUUCUACUACAAGUAAGCUGAUUUAAUUCGAAACUUGCGACGCACGGGAAUAAAAUUAAAAAAAAUGAUUCAUCCUAAUGCGGAAGCUUUCAGAAGGAAAGCCAAAAAAGCUGCAGAAAAGUUAGAAUUGGAAGUAAAAUCGGCUGCAAACGGGACGAACGGCGACCUUUUCUCUCCAGAUCUUCCUUCAGCAACUCCGCCAAGACUGGGAACCCUCAGAAGGUCCAAUUCCAUGUUUACCUACGAGAACACGGCUUUUCAGUACUGA